AUGAUGCGCGCAGUGUGGGAGGCGCUGGCGGCGCUGGCGGCGGUGGCGUGCCUGGUGGGCGCGGUGCGCGGCGGGCCCGGGCUCAGCAUGUUCUCCGGCCAGGCGGCGCAGCCCGACCCCUGCUCGGACGAGAACGGCCACCCGCGCCGCUGCAUCCCCGACUUCGUCAACGCGGCCUUCGGCAAGGACGUGCGCGUGUCCAGCACCUGCGGCCGGCCCCCGGCGCGCUACUGCGUGGUGAGCGAGCGCGGCGAGGAGCGGCUGCGCUCCUGCCACCUUUGCAACGCGUCCGACCCCAAGAAGGCGCACCCGCCCGCCUUCCUGACCGACCUCAACAACCCGCACAACCUGACGUGCUGGCAGUCCGAGAACUACCUGCAGUUCCCGCACAACGUCACGCUCACGCUGUCGCUCGGCAAGAAGUUCGAGGUGACCUACGUGAGCCUGCAGUUCUGCUCGCCGCGGCCCGAGUCCAUGGCCAUCUACAAGUCCAUGGACUACGGGCGCACUUGGGUGCCCUUCCAGUUCUACUCCACGCAGUGCCGCAAGAUGUACAACCGGCCGCACCGCGCGCCCAUCACCAAGCAGAACGAGCAGGAGGCCGUGUGCACCGACUCGCACACCGACAUGCGCCCGCUCUCCGGCGGCCUCAUCGCCUUCAGCACGCUGGACGGGCGGCCCUCGGCGCACGACUUCGACAACUCGCCGGUGCUCCAGGACUGGGUCACGGCCACCGACAUCCGCGUGGCCUUCAGCCGCCUGCACACGUUCGGCGACGAGAACGAGGACGACUCGGAGCUGGCGCGCGACUCGUACUUCUACGCCGUGUCCGACCUGCAGGUGGGCGGCCGCUGCAAGUGCAACGGCCACGCGGCCCGCUGCGUGCGCGACCGCGACGACAGCCUGGUGUGCGACUGCAGGCACAACACGGCCGGCCCGGAAUGCGACCGCUGCAAGCCGUUCCACUACGACCGGCCCUGGCAGCGCGCCACGGCCCGCGAGGCCAACGAGUGCGUGGCCUGUAACUGUAACCUGCACGCCCGGCGCUGCCGCUUCAACACCGAGCUGUACAAGCUGUCGGGGCGCAAGAGCGGGGGCGUCUGCCUCAACUGUCGCCACAACACCGCCGGCCGCCACUGCCACUACUGCAAGGAGGGCUACUACCGCGACAUGGGCAAGCCCGUCACCCACCGAAAGGCCUGCAAAGCCUGUGAUUGCCACCCCGUGGGUGCUGCUGGCAAGACCUGCAACCAGACCACCGGCCAGUGUCCCUGCAAGGAUGGCGUGACCGGCAUCACCUGCAACCGUUGUGCCAAAGGCUACCAGCAGAGCCGCUCCCCCAUCGCCCCCUGCAUAAAGAUCCCCGUGGCACCCCCGACCACCGCAGCCAGCAGCGUGGAGGAACCGGAAGACUGUGAUUCCUACUGCAAGGCCUCGAAAGGGAAGCUGAAGAUUAACAUGAAAAAAUACUGCAGGAAGGACUAUGGUGAGUGUGAGUCCCCUUGUCUAGCGGGGACAGCGGGGCCACGUGACCAGCCUGGAGUGGGGCUCGGUUGCACGUGGUCCAGGCUGCAUGCUGGUCGUGGAGUCCCUGUGACCGGCCAGGGGCCCGGCUGGUGGCAUCCCACGCCCAAGGGGCUUGUCACCUCUUCCACUUGGGUCCUCGGAGUACCUUCCCCAAAGCCCCUCGACAGUGCCCGCAGGAACGUCUGCCUUCCACCGGAAAAUAACAGACUUUGGGAUGGUUUAAAGGUAAAGGAGCUGGGCCCUGAGUCAUCUCUGAGCCCUGGUGACGACCACAAGGAGGGGCCCCGGAGCCUGUUGGCUCGAGGCCCGGACUGGCACUGUCCCCUCCUGUUCCCCAAAGAUCCUGGAGGGCUUCUGGUCCCCAAGACUGAUCCUGAUUCCCUUGGGGUCACCUAA